AUGUACUCCACUCUGAACCGCCUAAACCAUCUCUCCUCCCUAGCUACAACCUAUAUCCUCAUCCUCCUAGGCCUAAUUUCGAUAUCCUCCCUCAUCACCCUCCCCACCGUCAACAUUGGCAAGGUUGACAUAAAGGACCUCAUUGUAGGGCGCCUUCGUAGAUGGGGUGCCAAGGAAGAGGACCUCGCCACGCUCCGCUUUGACGUCCGGACCGACCUCAACCCCCUGCUCAACUCGUACAAUACCAAACAGCUCUUCCUGUACCUCACCGCUACCUACGCCGAGCCCACUGGCGAUGUCCACGAUGUCGUUUUAUGGGAUAGGAUCGUCACGCGCGCGGACAUGAGGGACUUUCGCGCCGUCACGAAGAAGAACCAGGCGCAGCCCGCUCGCGGAAAGAGGGGGAGGGGGAAUGUCCGCUUGGAAGAGGUCAAGAACAAGUACCCAUGGAAGCAGCCGUCGGGGUCGUUCAAGGGUGUCGCGACGGCCAAUUUCACGCUUCAUUACGACCUCAUGCCCUAUGUGGGGCUGCUGUCGAGCGGGGUGGCGGCGACGGCGCGGGGACCCAUUAAUAUCCCCGAGGUGAUUAAGCGAUAG